UGUUGUAUAGAUACAAAUAGAACACCUGCAACAGAGGCAAAUGACAAAUCACAACAUCUGUAAUGAAGCCUCUGAUGCCAAAAAAACCUAAUCAUAAAUUAUCCUGACAGGUCUUAAACACAUAUACAAAUGAUAAUUUCACUACAGAGCUAACAAGACCACAUACACACAAAGACCCUGUGCAUCUUUCAUUCUUACCAACAUGCACACACAUACUGUACAUUUUUCACUCCUCUUGGUCUUUUUCUGCCAGUGAGCAUUGCUUUCCGACCAGUGACUACUCGCUCCUCUUAAGUGCACACAUCUGACAAGGAUGUGACUGCCUUUCCCCUUUCCUCCACUCCCCCCUAGUGUAUCCAUUCAACACUGCAUCUUUCCUGUGCAUCUCCCAAAAAGAGAGAGAGAGGGGGGGAGAGGCAGAGAGAGAGAGAGACCCCUCCUCCAGAUGACAUCAGCGCUCUAUUGAAGCUAGAGGCAAACACAACUUCACAUUAGUAUUGAGAUCUACCCUGUGCGCCGAUUUCCUUGCACAGCCUACAGAUUGUGUAUGUGUGUGUAGGGGGGCACCAGUAAACAUAGCAGUGCUUCUACAGAUAAACUGCAAAUAGCUCUAGCCUUGUGAGUGAGAGGAGCUUUUUUGGAUCUGAAUUUAAAUCCGUAUAGCCUGGAUUGGAUUAUUAUUUUUCCCCCGUUGUGAACCCCAAUUUAAGAGGAUACCUGUUACUUUCCAUUUUUGGUUGAUUAUAGAGCACCACCCCAGGUGUGAGGAGAGCACAGUAUGAGUCAAGCUGCAGAUGCGUGAGGAAGGCUGUGACCAGAAGGAUAAGCACCUUGCCCCGUUUUGCUCCUGAGAGGAAAGAAGAACAUUGGUUAUCUGCUUCAGGAGAAGGGACCAAAGCCCUGGAUUAAUGUGUAUACAGGCUCAACAAGGGAGCAGAGGAUUCUGGGUUACCUGAAGACCUGGAGUACACAAGUGAACAGACCUGGAUUGAGCCCGUGGUACAGGGGAUUGGCAUGGCUCAGACCAGCUUUGUGUCAGCUCAUCAUGCCUGUCGGGCCUGAUUGCAGAAAGGAUCCUUUGCUAAAGCUCACCCUGUCCUACACACGGAUCACUAUACAACACCCAAAAAAUCUCAUUUGCAGUUAUGGCUGGCUUAUCUGCCAUGGUAAAGGCAAUGAAAGCAUGAGCCUCUGACAACACAGAGGAGGUCAUCGUCCAAACAAGGAUCAGCUCAGCAAACAGUGAGCAGGUCAGGAUAUCACCAGAAACCCCUCGGACAAACUUUUCCUUUCAGAAAGGAUAAUAGCAAAUUCAAGAGGAAAUCUUGAUUGGAUUUUUGGUGGCAGGAAAGGAUUUACCACAUCGUAUAAAUCAGGGGCUCUUGAGUGAUUAGACUGCCAGGCAACACAGCUUCAAGAUGGUACAUCAAUGCAAGGCCUUUAUCCUCUUCCUCAUAAGGGUCGGGCUGCUGCUGGGUCUUGCUAACCCCCUGGUGACCUCCACCUCAUGUCCCUCAGCCUGCCGCUGUGAUGGGACCUUCAUCUACUGUAAUGACCGUGGCCUGACUUCCAUCCCCACUGGUCUACCCCAGGAUGCUACAGUGCUGUUUCUGCAAAACAAUCGCAUCAAGAGUUCGGGUAUUCCUGCAGAGCUCCGCAGGCUCUCAAAUGUGGAGAAGAUCUACCUUUACUGCAACAAUCUGGAUGAGUUCCCCACUAACCUUCCUCUUGGCCUAAAAGAGCUCCACCUUCAGGAGAACAACAUUCGGAUGAUUACUCAUGCCUCUUUAGCCCAAAUUCCCUACAUUGAGGAACUGCACCUGGAUGAUAACUCAGUAUCAGCAGUCAGCAUAGAGGAGGGGGCGUUCAGGGACAGUAAUCACCUCAGACUGCUUUUUCUCUCCAGAAACCAUCUUAGCACCAUCCCUUUAGGCCUACCCAUGAGCAUUGAGGAGUUGCGCUUUGAUGACAACCGCAUCUCCUCCAUCUCAGAGCAGUCGCUGCAAGAUCUCAUCAACCUGAAGCGACUAAUCCUGGAUGGUAACCUGCUCAACAACCGUGGGAUUGGGGAGAUGGCUUUAAUCAACCUGAUCAACCUGACUGAGCUCUCGCUAGUGAGAAACUCAUUGACAUCACCGCCAGCCAACUUACCAGGCAACAGUUUGGAGAAGCUGCAGCUACAAGAUAAUCACAUUAAUCGGGUCCCGCCUGGGGCUUUUGCCUUCCUUAGGCAGCUGUAUCGCCUGGACCUGUCUGGCAACAACCUGAGCAGCCUCCCUCAGGGUGUGUUUGAAGAUCUGGACAAUCUCACACAGCUCCUGCUACGCAACAACCCAUGGCAAUGCACUUGCAGGAUGAAAUGGGUGCGUGAUUGGCUGCGGUCGUUGCCAUCUAAAGUGAAUGUACGUGGCUUCAUGUGCCAGGGUCCUGAUAAGGUGAAAGGCAUGGCGAUUAAAGACCUAACUACAGACAUGUUUGAAUGCACAGAUUCAGAACUCCCCACGUAUGAGACAAGCACAGUCUCCAACACUGUGCGUCCCUCACAGCCCCAGUGGCCCUCAUUUGUGACUAGAAGGCCUGUAGUAAAAGGGCCUGACAUCGGUAAGAAAUACCACAGCACUACCACCACUUCAGGCAGAAAGAUCCUCACCAUCAGUGUGAAGUCAAGUAGUGCAGAUACAAUACACAUAUCAUGGAGGGUGUCACAGCCAAUGACUGCCCUACGGCUCAGCUGGCUAAAGCUGGGACACAGUCCUGCAUUUGGAUCCAUCACUGAGACCAUUGUGCAGGGAGAGAGGACGGAGUACCUGCUCACUGCGCUGGAGCCAGAGUCUUCCUAUAGGAUAUGCAUGGUUCCCAUGGAGACCAACAACAUUUACCUGUCAGAUGAGACCCCCGUUUGCAUAGAGACAGAGACUGGUUCUCACAAACCAUACAACCCGACCACGACUUUAAACAGAGAGCAGGAGAAAGAGCCUUACAAAAAUUCCAGUCUGCCUUUGGCUGCUAUCAUUGGAGGGGCUGUGGCUCUAUUGGCAAUAAUCAUGUUGGCACUGGUGUGUUGGUAUGUCCACAGGAAUGGUUCACUUUUUUCCAGGAACUGCACCUACAACAAAGGCCGUCGGAGAAAGGAUGACUAUGCUGAGGCUGGCACUAAGAAGGACAACUCCAUCCUAGAAAUACGAGAGACUUCUUUUCAAAUGAUACCUAUAAAUCACCUACCUGUGUCCAAGGAGGAGUUUGUGAUACACACAAUUUUCCCACCUAAUGGCCUGAGUUUAUACAAAAGCCCACAUAGCGAGAACAGUAUUAACAACAGGAGCUACAGAGACAGUGGAAUACCAGAUUCAGACCAUUCCCAUUCAUGAUAUUGCGCAGGCCAUUCAUGAUGAGUGUGUGACUUAAACAGAGUGGCAAGACUUUCACAAAACACUGGAUCUAUAAGACUAAGGAAGCAAUGUUCUGUACAUUUGCCAUAUAAUUUAUAUUUAAGGACAUUUUAUGAAGACAGAGAACGUCCGAGUUACAGGCCAUCACUGAACCAACAGUGGGUAUUGUAACUAACUGCAAUUCUAUAUUUUAGGGUUUUGUAGUAAUUUGUACUGUAUUUCCUUUGCUUAAGGUUAUCGACCAACUAAAAGAAACUCUGUGUUCUACUGAGAUGACUUGUCAACUGUGAAAGUGGGUUUUCAUUGCUGUGUUGAACAAUCAGACCUUAGAAAACCUUGUAGUAUAAGCACAGGUCAUUCUUUUAACUUUGUGGCUGUCUGAAAAACAAAAAGGCAAAAAAAUGACAUGAAGUAAACUAAGGCACAGCUGAUCAACUAAUUCGCAAAGCAGGCAUGUUGCCCUCUAAAACAAUGUGCAGUCAGUAGCUGUCUCCACAUACAACGGACCGAGAGACUUGCUCUAGUAUUCAUCUGGUAUGAAGUACGAAUAACUAAAGAUGAGGUGCCAUGCUUUAUUUCUCUGCUUGUUCAGUGUGUGAUAUAUAUAUUUUUUUGUUUGCAAGAAGAAGAAACACAGCAAGAGAACCCAAGCAGGGUUCCAGUGUUUCUGAUAGGAUUGUAGGCCACAGCACAGGGCAGAUAAAGCACAUCGACCUUAAGGAGUUCUCUACUCCUCAAAACAAGUAGACUGGACAGGCUGACACAGAGGACCCCCCACUAUCUCUAUUUGUACAAGCCAACAAUGGCCAAACGACAAUGGCGGCAUUCUUUAGUACCAUGUACAUACGUCAUUCUAGUCACCAGGCCAAAAAGACAAAACAUGUUGGCUUUUAGAAUUACCACAGUGUCAGCAACUCCUCGUUAUGAGUAUUAUUUUGUAUUAUUUUCCAAAUGAACACACUCUUACGUUUCCACAAUUUGAAGUUAACUGUUCUUAACAAUUAAAAACCAAAGUGCAUUGUAUGCCCUUUGGCCAGUCUUGUAUGUGCCUUGAUCCAAUGCUUAUUGUAUUUAGCUUUUUAAGAAACCAGUGACUUUUUUUCAUACACACUUGAAUAUGAAAAUAUUGGUCAUAUUACAGAAUAAAAGUGGACAAAAAUAACUUUGCUCUUCCUUACCUUGAGUACAACAAACCCCAUUUAAAAUAAUACUUUGAUUUUUUAUUGUUCUGUUCAAUUACUAUUAUCAAAUCAUGGUCUGCUGAGAUUGCUCAAUUAAUUUGUUUCUACUCAAGAGAAUUCUAUCUUCAUACAAAUGUGAGCUGCCCUGGAGUAACAAGGAAGGCUACAGGGGACCUGUAUUAUUCAUUCAUAUUUCAAAUUACUGUCUAGGCACACAAUCUAAAAUGCUUGGAGAUAAAAAAAAAAAAAAAAAAAACAUACCCUAAUGCA